GAUUAGAAGGACUAUACAUCAUUGAAGAUUUUAUUACGGAGAACGAAGAACAAGAAUUAAUACGAGCCAUCGAUUCAAGGAGUUGGUGUGGAAAUGACGCUCACAACAUUACGGUUAUGAAUUUAGCUAUAGAUACAGCUCAAAAUUUAGGACCAUUACCAACUUUUACAGAUUUUAUCAUUAAUAGAUUUAAACAACAAAAAAUUAUUGAUUUUGAUGACGAACCAAAUAUGUGUAUUAUUAACGAGUAUGAAGCUGGACAAGGAAUAAUGCCACACACUGAUGCUGCAACUAUAUUUGGUCCAAUUAUUUUAAGCCUUUCAUUAUUAUCUUCGUCGCCAAGAUCUUUGUUAAUAAUGACAAAAUCUUCAAGAUAUGAUUAUAAACAUUCUAUAUCAAAAGACAUUAUAGAGUGGUAUGAUGAUGACAAAAAUGAUAAUAAACUGGAAAUUGUUCGCAGUCGAAGAGUUAGUUUAACAUUUAGAACUGUGCAUCAUUCUGGAUUGAAUGAU